UCCAUGUCAUUCGGCGCGUGGUUAGAGGUUAUUUCGUUAUUUGUUUCUGUUCUGAAUUUAUGAAAAGAAAUUAUUUCUAACGCACUUUUACAAACAAAAUAUAAAAAUGGCUGAUAUAAAUAUCGACACUGAUAAUUUCGAACCGAAAAAAGCAGCGAAACGGACAGCACCUGCAGAAGAUGUAAUGGAAGUCGAAGAGCACAAUGGAAUUGCAGGCAAAACCAAAGGCAGGACACCAAAAUCAAAGAGGCAGAAAACAAAGUCAUUUUCCGAAAGCAAAGAUGAUAUGAGAAAAAUUAGUGUUCCAGCUCACAGGUAUUCUCCCUUGAAGGAAAACUGGUUGAAAAUAUUCACUCCGAUUGUUGAGCACCUGCAGCUCCAAAUAAGGUUCAACUUGAAGACUAGAAAUGUUGAAAUCAAAACAUGUGAAGCUACCAAAGAUAUUGGAAAUCUUCAGAAAGCUGCAGAUUUCGUGAAGGCAUUUAUAUAUGGAUUCGAGGUAGAAGAUGCUUUGGCUCUGCUUCGUUUAGAUGACUUAUUUGUAGAAACAUUCGAGAUCAAGGAUGUGAAGACCUUAAAAGGUGAUCAUCAGUCAAGAGCAAUUGGAAGAUUAGCUGGAAAAGGUGGGAGGACGAAAUUCACCAUCGAAAAUGUAACAAAAACAAGAAUAGUUCUUGCAGACAGCAAAAUACACAUUUUAGGAAGUUAUCAAAACAUAGCACUGGCUAGGAGAGCUAUUUGUAACUUAAUUUUGGGUUCCCCUCCAUCAAAAGUGUAUGGACAAUUGCGCAAUGUAGCAUCUAAGGUUUCAGAAAGAAUGUAAAAUAUAUUUGAUAAAACAUAUCACA